GCCCUGAAUAGUAACGUAAGACAACUUUGAGAAGGGAAGUGCGAGAUACCGUGGCGAUGCCCUCUCUGCGUGAUGUUAGUAGUUGGGAAGAGUUGCGUUCAACCCCCGAGACACCACUGUAUAAAGGGAACCUGUUCUUCCUCCCUAUCGAGUCAAUUCCACACCAGCCCAACAUCACAUUCCAACAUUUCAACAGCUCAACAUCAACCUUCAGCCCCAAAACAACACUAUCAACAACCACUUACACAAACAACACCAACCAAACCACACAUUCACCAUGAAGUCCCAGAUCCUCCUCGUUGUUGCCGCGGCGCUUGUGCCCUUCUCGCUGGCCGACGCGCCCAAGCUGAACCAGUACAGCAGUCUGGAUGACUGCCGUAACGACAAGAACAUCCUCUACCACGCCGCGCCCGUCUCGGGCCGGUGCUACAACCUCGACGACGCCACCGCCGCCUUCUUCUGGAACACCGGCGGCAUGCUGAACCCCAGGGUCUUCACCGGCAAGGACUGCAACGGCAUCGAGGACCCGCUCUCUACCGAGGGCCGCUGCAUCGACAAGGGCAAGUACAACUCCUACCGCUGCUCGUAGGGCGGCCGUCCUGGGUUGGUGGUUUACAUGUAGGGUGGCGGUGACUGCCCCCUAUGGUGGUGGGGGUUGAGAGGUGUUUUCGCAAAACUAAACUGUCUCCGAGCGCGCCGGGGAUCAGUACCAUUCCUUUGGAAGGCGG